CGCAUCAAUAGAGCCAGGAAGGUUUAUGAGUUUACCGAAAAAAUAGGAGUGGAUAAAAUCAAGUAUAUCAAAAUGUAUAAUGCGAAUGCUAUCGCAGAUUUAUCCGUUAGCCAGAUUCAAACUAUUAUUGAUUAUUUCUCCAAGAACCCCAACACUGAAUUACCAGAUGUUCAAGAAGGCUCUAAUAUCGAUUCCAAAGAGAAGAUUUUGAAUGAUCAAACAGAUGCAUCGGAGGCAGUUUCAGUUGAGUCACCUCUUCCUCUAUCUUAUGACUUUAAUUCUUUCA